UUAGAAAACACUUUGCUUUAAGUGUUUACUCCAAAUAUUUAUAGUAUUAAUAUAUUAAUUCUGUUUUAUGUAAAAACUGAUAGUUGAUCUUUUUAAGGUUAUAUACAAAUGACAACAAAAUAUACAAAAAUUCACUUAAUAUUUGUCAAUUACUAUUUAUACUGUAAUAUAUAUACAUUUUGAGAUAAAGUUGCUCAGAAUUGCAAAUAAAAUUAACAAAACUUUAUGUAUUUCUCUUGCUGUUUUAGUAUCAAUAUUAGAAAACAAAUGGUCAGGCAAAAUUUUUCAUUAAUGGGAAACAGUAAUAAAUUCUUAAUGAAUUAUGCUCAUUUCUUAAUUAAUAUUUCCCCAAAUUAUUAUAUAAUCAAUCUUCCCCCAUCAAUCCAUUUUAUAGCCAGCAAUUCAAAGUCUGUGUCUAAAGUAACAAAGUAACUUAAAGAAUAUUCACUAGUGGACUAGUGAAAAAGUGAACCAUAUCAGCAUAUUAUAAGAAUGGCAAGAGGACCACUCGAAUUCCGUUUGGAGGCUUCUUUGAGCUCACAGAGUAGACAUCAUGAGCAAAGCACACCCUCCCGAGUUGAAGAGAUUUAUGGACAAGAAGUUAUCAUUGAUAUUAAAUGGUGGCAGACAUGUCCAAGGAAUAUUGCGGGGAUUUGAUCCCUUUAUGAAUCUUGUGAUAGACGAAUGUGUGGAGAUGGCAACUAGUGGGCAACAGAACAAUAUUGGAAUAGUGCUAAUAUGAAGAAAUAGUAUCAUCAUGUUAGAAGCCUUGGAACGAGUAUGAACAACGGCUGUGUUCACCAGGGAAAUCAACUGCUUCCAUGUGUCCCCUUCUCCACAUUUUACUACCAGAAAAACUGGGUUGUGUACAUUUUCUUACUGAACUUUUUGUUAAAUAAAGUUUUGUAAUAGCCAAAAAAGAAAAAAAGAAUGGCAGUCAAAGUAAACUUAAGACAUAGAAUUAACAAAAAGGAACUUAUUAUCUCUCUAAUUAAUAAAGUUAUUAAUAAGAAUUAAUAAUAAUAGCCAGGACAUGGAAGCAACCUAGAUGCCCAUCAGCAGACGAAUGGAUAAGGAAGCUGUGGUACAUAUACACCAUGGAAUAUUACUCAGCCAUUAAAAAGAAUUCAUUUGAAUCAGUUCUAAUGAGGUGGAUGAAACUGGAGCCCAUUAUACAGAGUGAAGUAAGCCAGAAA